AUGAGCCUAUGUUUUGACUUCGAAGGUAAGAGUGCUGGAGACGACUUCUGGGAAAAUAUUGCCUUCGAAAGUCUCGAUCGAGACUCUUGCCACGACUCGUUUCCGUCGUUAAUCCGGGAUCUGAGUAUAUCUGUUCCAAGUCUUGAUUCGCCUAAUCUCAAACGCCCAAAAGUCUUGAGGUUUCGCAUCUUCCGCCACACACCUUCUAAUUGCGCCCAACAUCUUCCCCAGCCUGUCCGGCGUCGCAAUCUGCGAUACCUUCUACCCAAGACGGCCUCAUCAGACUCGCGUCAUGCCGUCAUGCCAUAUCGGUCAACACUCAAAGGGCGCCGAGGAGGAUCUGUAUCGCCAAAAAGACCUCGAUCUGGUUCAGCGUCACCUAGUAAAGAUGCUUUAGUCGACCCGGAUGAUGUGGACGCUAGCGAAAUGGUGAUGCCAGCGAAUAUGGACCUCGACCUAGCUAAUGCAAGAAAAUACUCCAACAAUUUCCAAACAUCAUAUUUUGACAACGCAAAAGCAUAUAUUGGCCCCGCACUCCACGCUUGCCAUAUUGUAGAACAGAAGCAGUAUCAUCUGUAUCCCAGGGACGAUGACGACCAAGAUGACGAGGCCACCAUGUAUAGCUCACGGAGACUUGGCGAAUUAUGGCUACGCACCUGGUCGUCGAGCAACAGUAUUCUCUUGUUAUCCCAUCUCCACGAGCUGUUCGAUGCCAGGCUUUUCUCAAUCGACCCGAAGACACACAGAAUCCGCGCCUUCGUUCCAUACGACGUCAUCACGGAAUAUCAUGGCCGAAAAGCAAUUUUGCCUCGGGACGUUGAUCCAUUGGCGUUACGGCAUCAUUAUGACAUGUGCUGCAUCGAGAACAUGGCCGCUCAGUUUCCAUACAUCGAUAUGAUGACAUUGUUCGAAGAUAGCAGGAUGACUUCUGGUACCAAGACACCAGCUAGUGCAAAAACAGACCUUCCAGCGACUCCAGGCUCAGGAGAUCCAAACCUCACAGGUGAUCCGCCUAAGAAACAGCGAGGCCGAGAUCCACCAUCCGACAAGAACACUGCGGCGGAUACAGUAGGGUUGCCGCCUCGAAAAGAAGACGGCGGUAGUAAAAGAAAGAGGUCAGACAGUGGCGAGUUGAACCUCGAGUGCCUACAUAAUGUAUCUUACAGUGAUAGUUAUAUCACUUCGUUAAAUAGCAGGGAGUUCUUGGCAGAUGUCAACUGGGAACUACAAAGGUUUAAGGCUACUAAACUCAGCUAG